AUGGAGGUUGAGCCGGCCCAAGGGGAGCAGCCGCGACAAAAGAUCUUGUCUCUGUUUUUUGCAAAGAGGGCCGAGCCUGAAAAACUGCAGAAGCUCGUGGUCACCUUGCAGUUCGCGGCAAAGAAUGCUCGUCCGCUGUCCACUCUGGACAAUCAACCUCCUCUUGCUCCGAUCCUGGAUGAAUGUGUCAGGGAGAUCCGGCUAGCCGUCGACUUCCCCUUGCCGCCGGACGAGGGGGAGAGGGAAGCUCCAGCCCUGAGCCUGCUGGAUCAGGAGAUCGCAAAGAUCGCUGAGAAGACUGCUGCCGGUGACCCGGACGUCGUGCAGCACUCGCUGGUUUUUCUGCGGCAUCCGAUCGCUCUGACAUUCGUCAAGGUCGUUCCUACUGCCAAGCACCACGGUCAGGGCUACGAGUAUUUGGUCUGCAUGGCAGACGUUUGGCGGAUUCUGGACAUGUCCGUGAGCUACUAUGCAUGGUUCGGAAAGAACCUACACAAAGGCCUUUUCUCGGAGGCUUCGCAGCGAUGGGAAGUUUCCAUGCGCCACUUGGUAAGAACAGACACAUACAAGGGCGAGCAUGAAUCAGUUUACAUGCUGCCUGGUGUCAAACACGAUUGUUCUAGCUCGCUGGGUUUGCUGCUCGUGUUCGCUAUGUUGACUGUCAUUCGUGGCCUUAGCCUCGAGACACAGAAGAACAUCAUUGGAUUCUUGCGAAAGAUUUUCUCCCUGGUCAAGAUGGAUUGCUUGGCCCUCCUGCCGGACUGCAGCUUGCAGGUUCAGGAGGGAUGUGUCAGCAUCAAAAAGUUCUUCAAGAAGUUCGGAGCAGAUGCUACGCGAAUCUUGAACAAAAGGUGGGAAAGUGCCUUGGCACUGGGUCACUCCAGAUCCAACUACCGGGGCAAAGUCGCAAUUGCUGAUGUUUGGUUCUUCAUGUUUAGGCUGCAGCCAGAGGAAGCAUUGCAGUGCAUCCCGAUUGAGCGGGUGCAGAAGCGGCUCCUCCACAUCCUCGCACAGGCAGUCGAGAGGAGCUGUGCAGAUGGUUCCAUCAAGCUCCACACAAGCCCUGGACUCUCCGAGGAUAUGGACGGCCAAUCUCCGUAUUCCAGCGGCAAUGCGAGCCGCACGGCCAACCUUGUUCGAGAACAGCUCUUGACUCGAUUUCUUGCACGUGGCAGCGGAUUUAUAACAGGCAUGCAGAACAAAGAUAACAAGGACAUCGUGCCGGAUAAACUUCCAGGCACGAAAUCCCGCAACCUUCAAGGGGUCGCAGCGGAUCAAUUUGUGACGGCAUAUUUUGCAAGCUCUGCAACUCUCCUGUUGGAGCGGCUUCAGAAACAGGUCUUCCGACACUUGACAUGGUACGAAGAUGCAUCGUCCGUGGCCACUCACAAUGUCCUGACCAUCCACUGCUCUUGUGAUGGCUUGAUUAUCACUUGUCCUCUGAGCUUGCUGCCGGCACUGAAGACCACCAAAGAGACGACGAUCCAAGAAAACUUGGAGACAGUCGAGGCCCUGGGAGAUGUGGCCUCUCAGAAUCCAAAGAGCCUUCGAAAAAAUCUCUGUAAGGACGAAAAAGUGUCCACCAGACAGAAGAUGUUGGCCUUGAACCACUCGCUGCACCAGCUCGUUCGGUUCCGGUUGUCGGACGCUCUUCCGGCUCGGAAGCUCAGGCCAGUCAAGGAGGGCGAGACCCGGCAUUAUGUUCAGAAAGACGGGCUCAAGCGAGCUUAUCUUUGGCAUGCUCAGACAAAAGCUGCAACAUGGCAAUCGACGGAUCAUGUGGGGUUCGACAGCUGCCUUCGGCUCAGCUGCUUGCAAGACGAAGGCGACACAAGCAUGGCCGUUCAGAUGGCCAAUCACGGCCUCUCCAUCAUGAUCCAUAGAGAUUCCAUGCAUAAGCUCCACCGCGAAGAAUGUUUGGCCGCUCAAGACGUUCCCGAGGUCGCUCUCUCCAAGAAGCAGGUGCUCCUGAUCAUGAAGUACGACAAGGCUCCGUGGAAGACCUCGGCCUUCGGCCGACGGUUGCGGGAGGCGAGUGAGCUUGUGGAGGCGAUCCCGUGCACGCACCGGCUGGUGCAAAUGGUCGCUCCCGGCAUUCUCCACGAUUUGGGGAUGGACCCGGCCUCUCCUCUCGAGGCAGUGAAGGACGUUCUCGUCAAGUACGCCAAGGGUCAUCUGGGCACAGGGUCAGACCAUAGUUCCGGGAGAUGGGCCGAUUAUGUGGAUUCCUUCGGGCGGCUCCGCAAAGAGUGGCACUUGCGGCUCUUUUUCAUGCUCUAUGCGGACGUUCUGGAAGGCAAGAAUCCGCUGCACUGCCUGGCCGCUCGCACGGACGAUGACAAGGCUCUUGGCCCUCAGGUCAUCAAGGUCUUGCUUCGGCCUCUCUCUUUCGCCUACGGCAAGUCUGCUUUCCACGUCUUGCGGCCGUUCCGCACGUUCCAAGCAACAGAGGUGCAGGUCGAGAAGACACCCGAGGGGGCCGCUCGCAUGAAACGGUACAUCGCUCUGGAGUGGCCCAACUUGGUCUUGUCUAUCAUGCAAUCCGCCUUGGACCGCCAUCAUCUCGAAGACAUCGUGUGGAACGUGGAUCCCGAGGACGUUCCUUCAUUGCUGAAUGUGCAUUUCAAGCACACCGUGGCCACUCUGAGGCGGCUGGCAGAGUUCGGGCUCCUCUACGGGUCGUUCCCAUGGCGGUUCUUUCUGGUGUGUGACAGCGAUGAUCACGUGGCAGCCCGGACGCUCAAGGAGAUGAAGGACGAGUGGACGUUCCUGCUCCGCCAGGUCUUGAAGGAUCGUGGGAAGGGGCCCAGUAUUCUUCGCGGCUUGGAGACCUGGCAGUAUCCCCAGAACACCAUCGUGAAGUACUGCAGACGAUCGGCCGAUCUGUUGUACCGGGCCGUUGAUCCAUUGGACGAUGAGAAAGACGAUGACGAGGAAGAAGAGGAUUCCGGAUGGUGGCAGAAGCUGCUCGACAUAGCAACAGUGGCAGAAGCGAUCCUGGUGACCGCGAUGGCAGAUCCCGAGGGAAACAAUCGGCUCCAGCUGGCCGAUCUUGCUGGUUCGGCCGGCAUCUCGGCUUCCCCGGAAUGGGACGCGAUCACCUCCUCGCACACGGUGCCCAACCUGUUUUGGCCUCAGCCUGAGUUCCUCUUCUCGGAAGCAGCAAAGUCUCAGAUGGUCAAGAGCAAGUUCGCCACUCCCCUGAAAGCCAAGAGCAAAGCGGUCACUUUGGAUGCAGAGACGCCGCCAAAGGAGCCCAAGAUGGAGCAGCCAAUCGUCAAGACGGAGCCGAUAGAGGACAAGCCAGAACUAUCGCCGGACGCUCUCAUCUACAUUCUGGGAAAUAAAUAUUUGGCCGCUCAGGACGAUGGGUUGAUGAAGUUGCCGCACUUCUUGUCCACGUCGGUCCAAGUUCUGAAGAGCAAGUCCAAUUCCGAUAGAUACCAGAGCCUCGCUUCACUGAUGGACGAUCUCAUCCCUCAGGCAGAAGAAAUUGCUCAGGAUGCGACAGCCUUGCGACGUGCUCAGAUGGACUUUGUCGGCCGCACCAAAGACUUCAUGAGCACGGCCAUGGAGGCCUUGAGGAAGGCAGUGCCGGAAGUCAGGCCCUUCUUUUACUGUUGUGACCGUGUCUUGUUCGCCUCGACCGAAAAACCGGAGCUCAUGAGUGCCCUGGAUUCCAGUGUUGAUCGCAUGAAGGCGGGCAUGGAGGAUAUGGCCGCCGGGAUUCUGGCGAGCAAGAGGGCCAGAGAGAGACUCAUGAAUAAGGACAAGAAGAAGAAGAAAAAGUCGAAGAAGACUGCCAAGAAAAAGAAAAAAUCCAAGAAGAACUCCAGCAGUAGCAGCAGCCAGGAAGACUCCAAUUCGGAGUCAGAUUCAGGCCGUUCUGAUUCGGAGCCGGACGAGAUGACUCAGGAUUCCAUCAUGGAGGAGCUGAAGCUGCAGUUGGGUCUGAAAGGCAAAGAUUUGAAGCUGAAAGACAUGGUGUCUUUCGAGAACAUGACCUGUGAGCAGUUAAUCUUCUUGAUGGCGGAGUCACACAAAUCUUUGGGCACUCUAACAAUCAUGGACUUUCACGAGCUUGGCGGAGAAGCCCGGUCGCUUGCACAGAAGAACAUGAAGGGCUUGCAGCCACCGAAGAAGGCCUCCAAGAAAGACCCCCACAACGUCGAUGCGAAGAAGAUCUUUGUAGAGGCUCAACAGGUCUUUAACCUGGCGGAGAAGAAAUGGAAGGACAGGAUUCUGGCCGUUCUGGAGAAGUUGCUGAGCAAGAGCCGCAAGAACACGGUGCUUCAGUUCCAAACGGUCGUUCAGUUGAGGAAGAGUCUCUUCCCGAGGAUUCGGGACAAUGUCAAGGGAUCCAAGCGCUUUCCCGAGCAAGUGCAGUCUUUGAUUGAGAAGCUCAAGCGAGAUGCGAAGGAUGACCUGGAAAAGGUCGAAGCCAAGGUCAUGUCGAAAGGGCCAAAGGCCGAUCAGCGCAGAGACUCGGAGACGGGGGACGGUGGCCCCGCCAAAAAGAAGAGGCGCCGAUCCAAGGGAUCCAAGGGCAAUCCUGACGAGGAAUCCACAGUGGAGAAAGAGGAUAGCGACGAUGACGACGACGGGGACGAUAACGACGAAGAGGGCUCAGAUGAGAGCUCAACGACACAAGUCUUGCCCGGCGGUGGCCCACAGGUCGGAAUCCCACCGGAUGAUUCCGACCUGUGGGCAGAUCCGAAGUUUCAGCAGUUGGCCGCUCAGGACUCCGAAUCUCGACUUGCACUUCCUGAUGUCCGCGAACGUUUGGCUGCUCAAGGAGUCCGAAGUGCCAGCGAUCUCUUUGAGAAGAUGCUAGCUGACGAGGCGAUGUGCCAGGCCGUUCUGGACGCCAUGUCCACCAAGCCCGGGGAGCAGCCGCGACAAAAGAUCUUGUCUCUGUUUUUUGCAAAGAGGGCCGAGCCUGAAAAACUGCAGAAGCUCGUGGUCACCUUGCAGUUCGCGGCAAAGAAUGCUCGUCCGCUGUCCACUCUGGACAAUCAACCUCCUCUUGCUCCGAUCCUGGAUGAAUGUGUCAGGGAGAUCCGGCUAGCCGUCGACUUCCCCUUGCCGCCGGACGAGGGGGAGAGGGAAGCUCCAGCCCUGAGCCUGCUGGAUCAGGAGAUCGCAAAGAUCGCUGAGAAGACUGCUGCCGGUGACCCGGACGUCGUGCAGCACUCGCUGGUUUUUCUGCGGCAUCCGAUCGCUCUGACAUUCGUCAAGGUCGUUCCUACUGCCAAGCACCACUGUCAGGGCUACGAGUAUUUGGUCUGCAUGGCAGACGUUUGGUGGAUUCUGGACAUGUCCGUGAGCUACUAUGCAUGGUUCGGAAAGAACCUACACAAAGGCCUUUUCUCGGAGGCUUCGCAGCGAUGGGAAGUUUCCAUGCGCCACUUGGUAAGAACAGACACAUACAAGGGCGAGCAUGAAUCAGUUUACAUGCUGCCUGGUGUCAAACACGAUUGUUCUAGCUCGCUGGGUUUGCUGCUCGUGUUCGCUAUGUUGACUGUCAUUCGUGGCCUUAGCCUCGAGACACAGAAGAACAUCAUUGGAUUCUUGCGAAAGAUUUUCUCCCUGGUCAAGAUGGAUUGCUUGGCCCUCCUGCCGGACUGCAGCUUGCAGGUUCAGGAGGGAUGUGUCAGCAUCAAAAAGUUCUUCAAGAAGUUCGGAGCAGAUGCUACGCGAAUCUUGAACAAAAGGUGGGAAAGUGCCUUGGCACUAGGUCACUCCAGAUCCAACUACCGGGGCAAAGUCGCAAUUGCUGAUGUUUGGUUCUUCAUGUUUAGGCUGCAGCCAGAGGAAGCAUUGCAGUGCAUCCCGAUUGAGCGGGUGCAGAAGCGGCUCCUCCACAUCCUCGCACAGGCAGUCGAGAGGAGCUGUGCAGAUGGUUCCAUCAAGCUCCACACAAGCCCUGGACUCUCCGAGGAUAUGGACGGCCAAUCUCCGUAUUCCAGCGGCAAUGCGAGCCGCACGGCCAACCUUGUUCGAGAACAGCUCUUGACUCGAUUUCUUGCACGUGGCAGCGGAUUUAUAACAGGCAUGCAGAACAAAGAUAACAAGGACAUCGUGCCGGAUAAACUUCCAGGCACGAAAUCCCGCAACCUUCAAGGGGUCGCAGCGGAUCAAUUUGUGACGGCAUAUUUUGCAAGCUCUGCAACUCUCCUGUUGGAGCGGCUUCAGAAACAGGUCUUCCGACACUUGACAUGGUACGAAGAUGCAUCGUCCGUGGCCACUCACAAUGUCCUGACCAUCCACUGCUCUUGUGAUGGCUUGAUUAUCACUUGUCCUCUGAGCUUGCUGCCGGCACUGAAGACCACCAAAGAGACGACGAUCCAAGAAAACUUGGAGACAGUCGAGGCCCUGGGAGAUUUGGCCUCUCAGAAUCCAAAAAAAAAAAAAAAAAAUCUCUGUAAGGACGAAAAAGUGUCCACCAGACAGAAGAUGUUGGCCUUGAACCACUCGCUGCACCAGCUCGUUCGGUUCCGGUUGUCGGACGCUCUUCCGGCUCGGAAGCUCAGGCCAGUCAAGGAGGGCGAGACCCGGCAUUAUGUUCAGAAAGACGGGCUCAAGCGAGCUUAUCUUUGGCAUGCUCAGACAAAAGCUGCAACAUGGCAAUCGACGGAUCAUGUGGGGUUCGACAGCUGCCUUCGGCUCAGCUGCUUGCAAGACGAAGGCGACACAAGCAUGGCCGUUCAGAUGGCCAAUCACGGCCUCUCCAUUAUGAUCCAUAGAGAUUCCAUGCAUAAGCUCCACCGUGAAGAAUGUUUGGCCGCUCAAGACGUUCCCGAGGUCGCUCUCUCCAAGAAGCAGGUGCUCCUGAUCAUGAAGUACGACAAGGCUCCGUGGAAGACCUCGGCCUUCGGCCGACGGUUGCGGGAGGCGAGGGAGCUUGUGGAGGCGAUCCCGUGCACGCACCGGCUGGUGCAAAUGGUCGCUCCCGGCAUUCUCCACGAUUUGGGGAUGGACCCGGCCUCUCCUCUCGAGGCAGUGAAGGACGUUCUCGUCAAGUACGCCAAGGGUCAUCUGGGCACAGGAUCAGACCAUAGUUCCGGGAGAUGGGCCGAUUAUGUGGAUUCCUUCGGGCGGCUCCGCAAAGAGUGGCACUUGCGGCUCUUUUUCAUGCUCUAUGCGGACGUUCUGGAAGGCAAGAAUCCGCUGCACUGCCUGGCCGCUCGCACGGACGAUGACAAGGCUCUUGGCCCUCAGGUCAUCAAGGUCUUGCUUCGGCCUCUCUCUUUCGCCUACGGCAAGUCUGCUUUCCACGUCUUGCGGCCGUUCCGCACGUUCCAAGCAACAGAGGUGCAGGUCGAGAAGACACCCGAGGGGGCCGCUCGCAUGAAACGGUACAUCGCUCUGGAGUGGCCCAACUUGGUCUUGUCUAUCAUGCAAUCCGCCUUGGACCGCCAUCAUCUCGAAGACAUCGUGUGGAACGUGGAUCCCGAGGACGUUCCUUCAUUGCUGAAUGUGCAUUUCAAGCACACCGUGGCCACUCUGAGGCGGCUGGCAGAGUUCGGGCUCCUCUACGGGUCGUUCCCAUGGCGGUUCUUUCUGGUGUGCGACAGCGAUGAUCACGUGGCAGCCCGGACGCUCAAGGAGAUGAAGGACGAGUGGACGUUCCUGCUCCGCCAGGAAGAGGCCGCUCCGAAUGCUCAUGGAUCCUUUCCAUUGUCGCAGGUCAUCUGGUUGCGGUGGCGAGUCUACCGGGAAGUCAUGACCUUUGCGGAGGAAAGGGACUUCCGCCUGUGCGAGGAGGUCCGGCAGCUCAUCAAGGCCUACCAGGCCUCUCCGAGCUCCACGCUGGGAUGCGAAGACGCCUUUCGCUCGCUCCGGAAGGCCGAAAGGAAGAAGGGCGGAGGAGAGGCCGCUCCAUCGCAGCUGCAGGCUCAAGCCGUGAAGGCUUGCAGCGAGAGGUUCGGUGGAGACGGCGGGUUCCAGGUGGCCGAGGUCGCUCCUUCGCAGAUCCACUCGAUCCCGGUGAAGCAGACUGUGAAGGCCAGUGUCUACACGGCCGCUCGGAGCACAGGACCUGAGACUGGACUCUCUUUCUUUUCGGGCAUGGUACGUGAGGCGACUGUCAGCCCUUAUUUCCUCACACGGAAAUGCAUCAACCUCUGGAACAUGUUCAAGCGGAAGGAAGGAGAUCUGUCAGACGCAUGGCUUGCAGAGUUGUCCAGACCCGGGCAGGUGCUGAACGCCGGCCGCGACUACUGGUUGGUCGUGGAGUCCUUCGACGGCGGUCGCGAGAGGGUGGCGGUCGUUCCCACAAACGAAUGCUAUUUGCAGGACGUUUCUCCACCGAAGUUGGAGGAUUCCAACGUUUGUGGGGCCGUUCCAGUGCUGCAGGGCGGCAAGAUGGUUCUGAGGCUGGGGACCCCGACGCCUUUGAUGAACCAUGCCCUGCAAAACUAUGCUUCCCGCCUGUCGUUCAAUUGCCUGAGGCAGCUCUGCAGCUUCUGCAAUGUUCGGCCGAAGUCUACGAAGAAGAGCUGUGCCGAGGCCGUUCUGGCCCACCUGGCUUAUACCAAGGAACAGAUGGACGAGAUCUUGCGGACGUUCAAGUCCAAAGGCAAGGAGGAGGAGGCCGAGGACGAAGAGGAUGCGGUGCAAGAAGGCGAACCGGUUUUGGGUGUGGACACAGUCUGCGAAGCCAAGAUCUUGAGCAAACUCUUGCAGAAGCUGGAAGAGACGGAAGCUCAGGAGACGCCGAACAAGUCCGGAAUGCCGGAGAAGGCCGCUCAGGAAGCAGCAGGACACGGACCGUCCGAGCAGGAGCCCGCUGAGCCCGCUCCGGCCGAAACAAAGCGGCCCUCCCCUGCGACUGCGAGCGGCGGAGUCGUUCCUUGGACGGAGGCCGAUCGUGGUGUUCACGAUAGGCCCGAUGUCGCCAAGGAGAAGAUUCCGGACAGGUGCAGGCUCGCCAUGCACACACCUGACAACGCCUCGCCUUUCAUACAGGGACAUCUCCCCGCUGAUGAGACUUGGAGGGGCCGUUCCAGCACCUCCCGUGCAUUCCGGCCACUCAGCAGUGAGCAAACAGUGCAAGGUCGUGCAACCAGAACAUACGACUCAGCUUUGGCGGAAGUUCUCGAGUUUCUGUGGUCCUGGCACGAGGCCAAGACUCAUUCCUCGGCGGAUUUGGCCGCUUCUAGUACUGCGGUUGAUCAUCCAAAGGGCGACGGGGUCCCGGAUCCCUCUCCCGCUUCCGAAGCGCCUCGCAAGAAACGCAAGGUUUCAUAG